AUGGAGCACGACGUACCCGCCGCAACCGACGCUUUUGUCACGGCUGCCGGCGAACCGAACGAACGAAUGCAAGCACCAGACACUUCGUUGGCAGGUACCCCUGUCGACAGCGGCAUUUCUGCUGCUCAGGUGGAGAUUGACACGGAACACGAGAUGGUAACUGAUGCUGAGCAACAAUUGGAUGGCGACGCGUCCCAGCAGCCUGUUGAGGCGGAAGACGCAAAAGAAAAAGAAGAUCCUACUUCAGACGAAGAUAACGUGGCUGCUGCUGGCCUUCAGGAGCAAAACGACGUGGUCAUGGCAGAGCCAACGGCUUCGGCUGCUGCGCAACAAGUGGACGAUGUUUCUGAGGAGAAGGAUACCGUAAUUGUAGGAAAUGAGGACGCUGCGACCAUUACGGCGCAAGAAGCAGACCUGGCUGGAGCGUCUAAAUCGAAUGAUGAAGCAGGCAAGAAGGAAAUGCCAGUGGCGGAUAUUAAGGCUCCCCCAGCUCAAGAUUCUGCCUCUUUAAAUGAAGCGGACACUGCUUCAAAUGACGAGCAACACACCAACAAGAAUGCGGAUGUAAUGAGCGCAGAAGACGACGGCGCAUCAUCCCCACCACCACACGAUGAGAGUGAAUACGAUCCGUCUGCUCCUUCCCUGAUAGUAGACCCUGUUCCUCAUGGCGAAGACGAGUACGAUCCAGCCAACCCGUCUCCUGCUGGAACACCAGUCGCAAGUAAUGCAGCAUCAGGAAUUGCAUCGUACCGGCCAGCCAAUGAACAGGAAGAGUACGACCCAGAUCAUCCGUCCAUGACUUCCGCAGCUGAGGAACCUGCUGCAAUGGAAGUGGACCAUUUGUCGACUAACUCGAAUGAUAACGAGCAGUCUAGUGCGACUCCAGCAAAGAGAAAAGCUGACGACGAGUCUCGUCCCUCCCACGUAUCAGCCAAUGGAGAUAACGAUCCCAAGCGACCGAGACACGUUGAUGACAGCAAGAGCCGCUCUCACGACGACCACAGACACGGUCGUCCGCGUCGUGGAAGCAGCGAUUCAGUUUCGUCUUCUAGCAGCAGACACAAGCACGAGGAAGACCACAAGGGACUCUCAGCAGCUGCGUGGGACCGCCUCAUGGACUUCCAGACUAGCGGCGAGUUUCGCGUCACUCAAGUGAGUCGCGCAGCCUUCGCAUCUGUCGGUGCCAUGCCCGAGUUUGCCCAGAUUGCUAUCAUCGCUCGCUUCGUACGCACACCCAUGAAGGAAAUACGCGACAAGAACGGACAGCUCAUGCGGAUCUAUCGCGAAUAUCAGAAGGAAAACCCGCAGAUCGCAGCUCUGCAACCUGCGGACGCCUUCGUGUCGGACUACAAGAGUGACCCAGGCCUCUUCCGCUUCGGCUAUGCUCCUCCACAACCUGCGACGGGCAUGUCUAACGUUCAAGUACCCUAUCAACGCAAUCAAGUUCAAGAAGAUACACCCGCCAAGAACUCCCCUCGUCCAGAACGAACACCCACGUCACGAUCGGAGUCUGAACGGCAUCAGAAACCUGUGGACGAGUUUGGACGUGCUGUUAGCUCAGACAAUCCACUAGCUCCAGCGACAAACGGGGCGUCGCGGUCAACCCAGAGACCCGCAGCAGACCCUCGUCUAGCGUCGCGAAGCCGUCAAGGUCCCGCAUCUCCAACGCUUCAGCCGAUGCCUCGCGCCACGUCAGGAGCAAGAGCUGAAGACCCGCGUCGUCGUGACCAGCCUCCACAAAGCUCUAAUGCUGGACGUGAUCCUCGUCGUCGAGCUUUGGUGACGAACCAGCCGUCACCACGUGGGAACCAACCGAACGCUCCUCAAUCCGCGGCAUCGAAUGACUUGUAUGAGCGUCUACCAGCUCCAGUGAAAGCUGUAGUGGACAGCAUGCGUCGCGAAGGAAGACUACAUGAACCGCUCAAUGAUAACGUGAUCACCCGGUUGCUGCAUCUACCCGAACGUGUAGCUCUGCAAGCUGUCGAGAAUUUCAGCAAUGUGGAUCUGUCACAAGUGGAGAACUUGCAAGGCUUCCUGGUGGGGAUCAUCAACCGAGUCAAUGAGAAGGCCAUUGCCUCAGAGAAGCAACACCGACCGCAAGUGCCUUCUCCUCGAGGACAGCCUCCUUCUUCCAUGUCUCGGGGCUAUGGAGCUCCACCACAAGGUAGCUCUGUCCUUGGUGGGCCACCGCAAGGUGGGCGUUUAAACAACAAUAACGGCGCUAAUACUGCUGGUUACCGUGGUCAACCAGCACCAGGACCUGGUCCAGCAUUGUAUGAGCGACCGUACGAGGCUCCACAGGAGCCCCGAGACCCACGACGUCGACAGCCAGCACCCCAGGGACCAACGCAAUAUGGCGGAGCCGGUCGAGGACCGUCUCCGGUUGGUGGACAUGCUCCUAUUGGCAUGCCGUCGUUCACUGCGCUUCCGAUGUCGGUGCAGAACCACGUGCACUCGUUAGUGGCUAAUCAUACGCUGUCGUCACUGGAAGAGCUUGGUGGCAAGUGCUACGAGGUGCUGGGACAGCUCUCCGAGCCCUUGGCGAACCAAGUUCUCACUCGGUUCGCUGGUGCCAACCUCUCCAACGUUCGCAACAAGAGCGGAUUCCUCAUUGGUGUCGUCAAAAGAGCUCGUCAAGAGUACGGCUUUAACUAA